CAAAAUGUACCCAAAACAUCUCGCGGUGGGUGUGUCCGCCAGCUAUGGGUGUGAUCUGGAUACCUCUUGGGCAGCUGCCAGGCCUACAUGAGUUUGGGUGUGCUGGAUAAAAAGAUAAAACACAGACAGUCCCAACUAGUUUCUCUUAAACUGGACCAUUCCACAUCACUUGUUAGCUUGAAAAGCAACUGUCAACACAAUGGAGACAUCACUCACAUACAAGACAUCCAAGGCCAACACCACCUUCGCUCUGGACCUUUUCAAAAAGCUCAGUGAAGCCGACAAGACCGCAAAUAUCUUCUACUCCCCCUUCAGCAUCUCUUCAGCCCUGGCUAUGGUGAUGCUGGGGACCAAGGGCAACACAUCCACACAGAUGUUAGAGGUCCUGGGUUUCACUGAGAGAAAGCAACCAAAGCAUGCAGGAGCAGAGAUGACGCAAUCGCAGAUGCAGAUGCAGAAUCAGUGUUCCAGCAGACUCCCACAGUGUCAGCGUGAGAUGUGCAUGCCACCUCAGCGUGGAGAAGAUGAUGUCCACGCAAGCCUCUCCAAACUAAUGAAUAAGCUCAUCAAAGACGACACUCCGUAUGCCCUCAGCCUCGCCAACAGGCUUUACGGAGAACAGUCCUACCAGUUUGUUAAGCAUUACUUAGCAGAAACCCAAAACCUCUACAACGCUGAGCUGGAGUCUGUGGACUUCAAAGCCAGCGCAGAAGCAGCCAGGGUCAACAUCAACGGCUGGGUGGAGGAGCAGACGCAAGGUAAAAUUAAGGAUCUGCUUGCCAAGGGUGUGGUGAGUAGCAUGACCAGGCUGGUGCUGGUCAACGCCAUCUACUUCAAAGGAAACUGGGACAAACAGUUCAAGGAGGAUUCUACUGUUGAUGCUCCGUUUAGAAUGAACAAGAAUGACACUAAAUCGGUGAAGAUGAUGCAACAGGAAAGUAAAUUUCGUCUCUCCUUCAUUUCCGAGGUCAACUGCCAGGUCCUGGAGAUGCCUUAUCAAGGGAAGGACCUCAGCAUGCUCAUCUUCCUGCCCAAUGAGAUAGAGGACGACUCAACGGGCCUUGAGAAGCUGGAGAAGGAGCUGACCUAUGAGAAAUUUGUGGAGUGGACUCGCGGAAACAUGAUGGGUGAAACUAAGGUGGAGGUGAAGCUGCCUCGAUUCAAGAUGGAGGAGUCGUAUGACUUGAAAGAAAUACUGAAGAGCAUGGGCAUCGUUGACGCUUUUGAUGUCACAAUGAGUGACUUUUCAGGCAUGUCCAAGGCAAACGACCUGUUUCUGUCACAAGUCGUCCACAAGGCUUUUGUAGAGGUCAACGAGGAGGGAACUGAGGCUGCUGCUGCCACUGCUGGACUAAUUGCAGUAACCUCAGUGCAAAUUACAGCUCAAUUCAACGCAGACCACCCCUUCCUCUUUUUCAUCCGACACAACCCCACCAUGAGCAUUCUCUUUGCUGGCCGAUAUUGCUCCCCUGAGUGAGCGCUACUGUAUGUCCUGCAGGCAAAUCAUGAGAAAUGGGCACCUGGGUACAGACAUGUAUCGAGCCCCUACUACAUCAGAACAAGAGCCACAGCUUAAGGGACAUCUCAUAUGUCACUGUGUCUCUUUUUGGUUCAAUAUGCUAGCUCUCUUUAGUUUCUCUUUUUGUGUCUGUUUGUUGAUCUCUUUUUGUCUCUUUGUAGACAUUUUGCUUUCCUUGGUGGUUGUCAUUUGUCUGGCUUUUUGUGUCUCUUUAUGGAUGUUAGGUGUUUCAGGCCUUUUACCUGUCAGUGUGACUUUCCAACAAGAAAUGUUAGCAGUAAAAAAGAGGCCUUUUCAAAAAGAGGCUCUGACUUAAUCUAUUGUAGCUACUGUAUAGGAGACUAAUAUGUACCCUUUGAAUGGAAACUAUGGUAAUGCAUUUUAAAAUGAAAAACAAGCACUCAGUACAGUUAAAUCUAAUCAUUAAGACAAUUGAUUGAUUGUGUCUAACAUAUGUAUAUAUUACUUAGGUUUUUUUUGUAUAUCCCUUUUUACCCCCUUUUUUUUCUACGCUCUUAUCUAUUUAUGUUAUAUGUUCUUGUUUAUAUUUGCACUGUGGGACUGUCAGAAACGGUAUUUCAGCUUUCUGUAUGUAUAACACAUGUGGAAACUUUGAAAAUAAAGUGGAUUUUGACUUUGA